AUGUACAAGUCAAUCACUUCACUCGUAGGCGAAUAUCUACCAUUAAAGACGCUACAGAUGGAUCAGAGAGGAGGUAGACCUGGAGUAAUGGGAUGCACUGACAACAUGUUAAUUGACAAAAUGAUCCUAGAAGAUGCAAAAGUGAAUAAAAAGAAUUUAUCAAUGGUUUGGACUGAUGUAAGAAAAGCAUUUGAUUCCGUGACACACGCUUGGAUUCUUAAGGUGUUAUCAAUGAAUAAGACAAACAAACGAAUCAUAAAGUUUGUAGAAAACAUAAUGGAAGGCUGGAAAAUCUCAAUAACCGUCGAUACAGUAAAUGGAAAGGAACAAUUGGAGCCAAUAAAUGUCAAGAGAGGUAUACUGCAAGGAGACAGCUUUGUUGUCAAGCUUUUUGUACUAUGUCUUGACCCAAUAGCUUGGACGAUUAGAGGAUAUGAGGGUUACCAACUGACGCACGACAGGACAAUGAAGAUAACACACCUAUUAUUUGUUGACGAUUUGAAACUCUAUGCAAAAUCAGAGAACAAAAUAUCAGUCGUGACAAAGAAAGUUAAGGAAAUGUAUGAAGAUAUUGGGAUGUCCUGGGGCCUGGAAAAGUGUGCUUCUUUGCAUGUAGUUAGAGGGAAAGUAUCAAAGAGCGAAGAUUUACCAAUAGGGGCAAAGGAUUCCAUCUCAGUUAUGGAAUCUAGCGACAAGUACAAAUUUCUUGGAAAGUAUGAAAAUUUCGAACAGCUGGACAAGUUCACGUUCCAACAAGCAGAAAAAGAGUAUCUACGAAGAUUGAAUGUUAUAUGGUCAUCACCCUUGUCAGUACCAAGAAAACAGACAGCUUGCAUCGUCUUUGCUUUGCCUACAUUAGAAUACUUCAUGGGGACAAGUAAUUGGUUGAUAGCAGAUAUUCAAAAUCUUGACAGGAAAAGCAGAAAGGUAGUCGAGAUGCAUAAAGGAAAACACAUCUCAGAGUCAAUAGCAAUGCUCUAUUUGCCACAGAAAUGUGGUGGAAGGGGCUUCAAGUCUGUAGAGGAUACCUAUAAGAUCUCAAAAAUUAAGGUGGCACAUCACAUUAACAUAAGCAAAGAUCCAAGAAUAAAGCUGGUACGCUCGUUCCAACAUUACAAAAGCAAAAAGAACUUCAAGUCAACUUUUGUUGAAGCAACAAGGUACGCAAAGGAACAUUUCAAAGCUGACUUGAGUCUUUUAGAGGAAAAGUCUGUAUUAAGCUAUGAACAGGAAAGAGUGGAGUUAAAAGAUGACAACUAUAUACAGAUCCAACGCAGACUAGGAAGUAUCAUUCAAAGACUAUAUGAAGAAAGAGUUAGAAACCAACCUUGGUUAGGAUUCUACACGGUUUCAAUACUAGAUAGUGAUGAAAUAUCAAAAAACAGUAGAAACGUUUUUCGAAGCUGGAAAAACAUCCCAGAUAUAUUACUACCUACCAAAGCGUAUUCAAAGUACAAGUUAAAGAUGGAAACUGCAAAUACAACAUUUAGUCUAUGUAAGCAAGCAGAAGAAACAGUCGUUCAUUUGCUGUGCUCCUGUGCAGCAUUAGCACAAACACUCUACAAGCCACAACACGAUAGAAUUCUUGCAAGCAUCGAAAAUGAUCGUGCUAAGAUUAUGUGGGACAUACCGAUGCACUUAGACAAAAGACCAAGCAACAAUGCCAUUAAGCCUGAUAUGCUGAUAAUUGACAAAGUAGGAAAAAAGGUCAGUUUGAUAGAGGGGACUAUAUGUGCACCUGGAUGUAUUGCCAAGAGAGAGAAAGAAAAACAAGACAAGUAUUCUGAAAUGAGAAAGUCACUGGAACGGUUAAAUCGUGGAUACGAAAUAGAUCAAAUCAAUGUUGUAUUUGACUUUCUAGGCUGUUACAGCAAGCAAUUGGAGUGUCAUAUCAAGAGACUAUGUGAAGGAGAGAAGGAGGCAAAAUUAGUAAUCGAACAAUGCCAAAAAUG